UCAUUUUACUUCAUUUUACUUUGAUGAUCUGUUGUCAUUUAAUGGUCUUAGAUCUAUAUAUUAUGCAAAGUACAACACCGACAUGGUGGAUAGUUUUCAAGCAUGGAGCAAGUAAAGCAACUCCAUUUUUUGUUGUGUAAUUGUUCUCUGACCGUGGUAGUAGAUUUGAAUUUUAUGAAAGUAUAACCUAUUUAGAGCCACUGCACAGCUGCUGUUUUAAACUUGCAUGUGAUGAGAUCACAGUCAGAGUCAGGCCACGUCAUGGACAUGAAGUCAGGAAUGUAGAAAUACAGAACAGCAGCCUGGAAGUGAUGCUGGUUUACAUGUAGUCUAGUGGGAUGUGUUUUAAUCAGUACUUCUUGUUCCAUCAUUUGACAACAGUAACAGAAAAAUCUUAAAAGGUUGGUUGUAUUGAGAUGCAGUAGUGUUAAACACAGAGAGGAGGAGAGAAGUAAACACAUAUAAAAUGCUUCUUCACUGAAUAGCGCCUGUGUUACGGCCAGCGCCUCCUACCCUGUGUGUGUGUUUUAAAUAUAUAUUGUGGCUAUGCAAAUAGGGCUGUGUGAUCCCCACUCCCUGGUUGGACCACGACGGCAGAGGCGUGACUGCAACCAGGAGUCCUGUGAUUGGUGCGGCGCUCACCAGGCUGACCAACCGAAAACUGCCAACUCUUUUAAAAGCGUUGGCAGUUCAAGUGAACGGAGCAGCUGGUUUCCAGCGUGCCAUUCUGUGUUUCUGUGUGGUUGAGGCAAGAUAGAUUGUGUGGUAGGAAUUGGGCCACGGUUAGAGUUAAAAACUGAUACAGCAACAUUUCAUUACAGGUCGUUUUCUUUUGUCUAGUUUUCACCAGGGUUAGGAGUGCUGACUCUCAUGUAGUUUUGUUUUGUGCCAGGUCCCAGAGAGAAAAACUCCCAUAAUCUCCGUUCAGAGGCAGAUAGUGGAGGGGGACAUUUUUCAGGCCAACUGCAGCAUUAACUACUCCUGUCCUUCCUCACCUCCAUCCAUCCACUGGAAGAAAAGCUCAUCUCUGGAAAGCUCCACUUUCACCAGGGAAGUGCAAGGCCAGUGGUUAUAUAGAGAAACAAUGCACGGACUGGCAACAAAUGAAAUCCAUAACAGCAAACUGAGUUGUUCUGCACAGUUCAGAACCUUCACCACACAAAGUCAAGAAAUUACACUCAACAUUUUAUAUAAACCUGUUGCUGUAAGUCUGACACUGGAAAACAAAGCAGUGACGGAGGGUGGCAGCAUCUUCAUGGAAUGUGAUGCCAAGAGCAAUCCCCGACCUCACACAUACUCAUGGUUCAGAAGAAAGACGGACCAGACCGACAAAAUCAGCUCAACUCGAGGAAGAAUGUCCUUCCACAACAUUACACGAGAUACUUCUGUUUCCUGCAUGGCCCAUAACGACAUUGGAGUGGGACAGUCUGACUGGGCAGAUGUGGAUGUUCAUUAUGCCCCAGUAAUCCUACCUGAAUCCUCCUGCAGUCGGACAGAAAACAUGCUGAGAUGCGUCUGCCGGGCUGAGGCGUCCCCUAAUGCAUCUAUAUACUGGACUAUUGAUGGAAAUCACACUCUCUCAUCAUCAUUUACCUCUAACUCCACAAAUCAGACACAUGUAGUCUCUGGGUAUCUGUGGGUCCCAGCUGAAGGCCUGAAUAAUGUAUCAUGCACAGCCAGGAACCUGCUGGGCAGUGACACUAAACAGAUGUCUGUAGGCAGCUGGUCAGAAACAUCCUCUUUGCUCACCUGGGUGUCAUGCUUAAUUGCUCUGGGGGUUGUUUUGCUGAUAGGAUGUUCAAUUUUCAGUUACAGGAAAUAUUCCAGGAACAGGUCACAAGAUUGUUUAGGCAAUGUCCAUGAAGAAGAAAAUAGAUACGACACAUGUCAAAGAUCACAAGUGGACGAUACACAAUCAGGCCAAAAGAGAUCUGAGAGAAACUCAGAGGUGGACAGACUCUCCUGUGUUUAUGACAAUGAUUGUGUGGAAGAAAUGCGUAGAUCACACUGGGCUGAACAGCAUGGAAACAAUGCAACAGCCGUCCAGAGGGAAGGUGGACUAAAUCCACUGACAAAGGGUGACCAUUGUGACAUGAGUAUUUAUCUAAACUCCUGAUCAGAGGACGUUUUCUGCUAACAUCCCAUAAUCUAUGAUGGAGUCAGUGGUGAGGACUGAGGUCAUUCUUUCAGUGUACAUCAUUACCUUCGUGAUCGGCCUUCCUGCCAAUCUCCUGGCUCUCUGUGCCUUCAGUGUCAAGAUCCACUCCAAGCCACUUCCAACAGACAUCCUGCUGCUCAAUCUGACCGUCUCCGACCUGCUCUUUUUGCUCAUCCUCCCUCUUAAGAUGCACGAAGCAGCGUCAGGCAUGAAAUGGACUCUGCCCAGCUUCCUGUGCUCCAUCACCUCCUUCACCUUUUUCUCCACAAUCUACUCCAGCUCCUUGCUGCUAAUGGCAGUCAGCGUGGUCCGCUACGUAGGAGUAGCAUUCCCCAUCACAUAUCAUCAGCUGCUCAAACCUGUGUACACGAUUGUUGCCAGUGCUGUUAUUUGGAUCAUUUCAGCAGCACAUUGCAGCAUCACUUUCAUCACCGUGCAUCACCCGUCCCUGGCCAACAAAAACUCCAGUGUGUGCUAUGAAAACUUCACAGAAAAGCAGUUGGAGGUCCUCCUCCCAGUACGUUUGGAGUUUUUCUUUGUGCUCUGCCUUAUACCUCUUAUAGUCUGUGUUUACUGCUACGUGAGCUGCAUCUGGUUUCUAUACACCCGCCCCAGGAUUUCCAGCAUGCAGAAGCAGAAAGCCAUUGGCAUGGCCUUGGGGACUCUGGCUGUGUUUCUCAUUUGCGUUUUGCCAUACAAUCUCUCUCAUUUACUGGGUUAUUUCCAGCAUAAGAGCCCAGAGUGGAGGUACUACACCUUGCUGCUCAGCACCUGCAACAGCUGUAUUGAUCCAAUCAUCUUCUACUUUUCCUCCUCUAUCUUCCGCUGCACUAGUAAAAAGUCCAUUUUCAGGAAGCGUGGGCGCGCUGUCAUAGAAUUGCAAAGGCAAGGCGCCAGCUCUGGCUAAGAGUAGAAAUAUAAUUUCAAUGUUGUAUGUACAUAAUGAGCUCUAGUGCUAUUUUUUAAAUUGUACAGUACAGAAAAUAUAUUAGAAUGUGUAAUGGCAUAUUUAACAGUUCAUUAAUAGAAGAAUGUCUGACACCUUAAGGUAACUUUUAUCACCUUUAAUACAUCUUGUUAACGGUUAUGUAAUCCUGAUUAAAGAGACUGUAUCUUCUACCCCAUUUUAUUACAAAGACACAAGACAUCUUUGGUACAUAUGCAUAUUUCCAAAUUUAUUUCAUUUUUCCUGUAAGCUCUCUAUCUUUAAAUGAAUGAAUGUGAAUGGAUAUCUUUUGCAGCCUUAGCCCAUUAUUUCCUGUUUACUUUAACGUGGGCCAGCCACUCUUCUGCACUCAUGCAUUCUGUAGGCACACAUGUAGAAUAUACCUGCAAAAAAAAAAAAAAAAAAAAAAUGUCAGCUGUAAUGAGAUGUAGCAGUCACAAAGAUUAUAUCUACAACACACAGACAGGUCAAGUAUAACAUAAUGACACCACAUCAAAGCACUGGACAGAAUAUUUUUUUAAAAUCAUUUUUCAUGGUAAGACAUAUUUUUGGUGUAUUAUUUUUAGAAUGUGUGAGUUUGAAAUUGUACAGCAGAUAUUUUUAUAAGUGCAAAUCUUGAGAUUGUACUAAUUCAUAACAGCAACAGCUUCAAGAAUUUCCUGUCAAUAAAAUGUUCGGAAAGUGAAAGUUCA